AUGCAGUAUAAAAAUAUUUUAAAGCUUGUAACAAAAAUUGUAAACUUUAUAAAUGCCCGAGCAUUAAAUAAAAGGCAAUUUAGUUUAUUAUUAGAAGAUGUAAAUUCUAUUCAUAAAGGACUCGUGAUGUACAAUAAUGUUCGUUGGCUUAGUAGAGGCAACCUUUUAGAACGAUUUAUAGAAUGUUUACACGAAAUGCGUUUAUUUUUGAGUGAAAACCAAAAAAAUUACACUGAAUUAACAGAUAUAAAUUGGUUGUGCAAUUUAAUGUUUUUUACUGAUUUUUGUUUGCAUUUAAAUGAACUCAAUUUAAAAUUGCAAGAAAACCAUAAAUUUAAAUAUUUUCAACAUUUAAACAAAGUCCUGAGUGAAAUUGAAAUCAACGAGACUCCUAAAUUAGAUGAAAAUAUAAACAAUUUUUUAAGUAUCAUAAAAGAAACAAUUCAGCAGUUCAAUAACAGGUUUAUAGAUUUUAAAAACUUUGAAUGUAAUAUUAAGUUCCUCAAAUGCCCUGAUACUUGCAAUUACGAUGAAUUAGAUUUACAUUAUUUUGAAUGGAUGAAUAUAGAUACAUUUGAAUUUGAGUUAAUUGAUCUUCAAUCCUCAAACAUAGUAAAAAAUGCAGAUACUGAAAUUCUUAAAGUCUGGAAUUCGCUUCCAAACACAUUUAACACAUUAAAAAAAGUUGCUCAUUCUAUCCUAUCAAUUUUUUCGUUAACUUAUGCUUGUGAAAGUUUAUUCUCCAUAAUGAAUUUAAUAAAAACGAAGCAGAGAAAUACAUUAAUCGAUGAAACUAGUGCUGCUUGUGUUUCACUGAAAACUACCAACUAUACUCCAGAUAUUAAAAUGUUAUCUUCUAAAAAACAACAACAGAAAUCACAUUAA